GGCACAGAACUGGAGUGACUCAAGGAGAGGAAGAACCAGAGACAUCAAAACACGAAGAUGAAACUUCUUUUUUGCCCUGGAUUCUUCCUGCUGCUUAUUGUCAGCCAGAAGCAGGCAAUGGCCAAACCUAUUUCCAGCUUGCAGAGUCUGUCCAUGCUGUUAGAUGAGGAGCUGCAGCAUCCCCUGGUCUCAGAAGAGAGGGAUCGUGAGCAAGAUGGCUCAAUCCCAGUAGGUGCCUUUGAUCAGGAAGAUGCUGAGUUCCAGUGGACCCGAAACACCAGAGAUCAGCCUGCAAGCACUUCCACUGCUGACAGUGAUGUCCAGAGGAUCCUCAGUGACCUUUUAGGUUUACCUCAGAGAUACCAAAACAGAAGCAAAAAGGGUCUGUCCAGGAGCUGUUUUGGGGUCAAGUUGGACAGAAUUGGGUCAAUGAGUGGACUGGGCUGCUAACUGCUUACUAUGGACUGACUUGGAGGGUUCAAAGGACCUGUUGGCUAUCAGUGAGAUAUUCAGACCUUAUUUGCAUUGGUUCCAGUAAUCCAUCUACAGAUGACGUACUGAACAAAUUGAAUUCCAUCUCUUCCCUAAACUACUUAGGGAGACAGAAUAGGACAUGCCAUAACUGUAUGCUUAUUUGUAUCAGAGUAAUUAUUUGUGAGCAUCUACCAGAAGUGUAAGUACAAAAACAUUUGUACUGUUUAUGUAAUAAAUAUAUAAAUGACCAGUUUUCAUUAUGUCAUGGAUAAUAAACUUCUUUUUCCAUAAUUGA